CCGUGGAAACAGGAUGCAGGAGAGAUGUCAGAGGACAAAAGGCAAGACGGAGAGUUUUUAUUUUUAUUUUUGAAUUCAAACAUUUAUUUAUUUAUUUAUUUAUUUAUCUGGUCGGCGUGUUUCAGCUUCGUGUCUCCAUUUUGUCUCUGACUGAACGUCGAGUCUCUGCGGUGUGAUUCAGCGGAUGUGGAGCGGAGGGACGAGCUGCUAUUGGCCGCCUGCGACCGACGGCGUCACACCUCCGAGUCUACAGACACACAGACACUUUCUGACACACAUUUAUUUAUUUAUUUAUUUAUUAUUUAUUUGUCUUAUUUAUUUUUUUAUGUCUUACUUUUUCUGUUUCUUAUUAAUUUAUCUUUGUCUUAUUUUUUCCUUAUUUUUUGACUUACUUUUUCUUUGUCUUAUUUUUUUUCUUUUUUUUCCUAUUUCUUAUUUUUUUGUAUGUGUUGUUUAUUAUAUUCUUAUUUUUUCUUUUUCUUAUUAAUUUGUCUUUGUCUUAUUUUUAUUUUUAUUUUUCUUCUUUGUCUUAUCUUUUUUAUGUCUUACUUUUUUAUUUUUAAAUUUUCUUAAUUCUUUUAGUCUUUUAGUAAUUUUUUUUAUUCUUAUUUUUAUAUAUCAUCACACCACCACACUUUAGAGAAACACAGAUAAAUUAUAACCUGGUUUCUCCUUAGUUUCUGCUCCUGGCGAUGUUUUUAGACCCAGAAGUUGUGAUUCCUGCAGAGAUCAAUAGUGACAGCUACAUUGUGCGCGUCAAAGCGGUGGUGAUGACCCGAGACGAGUCGAGCGGCGGCUGGCUGGCGCAAGACGGCUGCCUGAGCAGAGUGGGCGUGGCCAGGCUGCGGCCCGGCGAGCUGCUGGGACGCUGCAGCUUCCUGAUCCACGGAGAGCGCCUCAAAGACAGACAGGUGAUCCUGGAGUGUUUCCUGAAGAAGGAUCUGGUCUACACCAAGGCCACGCCCACGUUCCACCACUGGAAGGUGGACAACAGGAAGUGCGGUCUGACCUUCCAGAGCCCGGCCGACGCCCGAGCCUUCGACCGCGGCGUCAGGAAGGCGCUGGAGGACCUGACGGAGGGGUCCACCACGUCCUCGUCCACGCUGCAGAACGAGGCGGAGCUCGGUGACGACGACGUCUUCACGACGGCCACCGACAGCUCAUCCAACUCGUCCCAGAAGCGAGAGCCGGCCCUGCACACGCUGGCCCCGCACAACUUCUGCGAGGCCCGCCGGCACCACUGCAUCCUGGGACAUUUCUACGAGCAGCACCGGCCCUCCGACCACUACUUCCUGGAUCAGGCGGUGCACAUGUUCCCUCGUCACGUCAGCUUCCAGGUGGAGGAGGAGGAGAUCGUUCGCAUCAACCCCCGCGAGCGGACCUGGCUCACCGGCUACGAGGACUACCGGCACGCCAACUCCACGCGGGACAAGCUCUCCCAGCCCGACAACCUCGACGCCUACGUGCACUUCGGCAAGAGUGAGCCGCCCAAACAUGACUACACCUUCCCGUACCCGCUGAGCUGCAACGUGCAGCGGGGCUGCGACGGCAAGGCGGGCUGCCUGGAGCUGGCCGGCGGCCACAGGGCAGUGGUGACGGUGCAGCCGCGCGCCCUGCAGCCCAAAGGCAAGAGGCGGAAGGAGGACGGCGAGCGUUCGCGCUGCGUCUACUGUCAGGACAUGUUCAACCACGAGGACAACGGGCGGGGCCGCUGCCAGGAGGCGCCCGACCCCAUCCAGACCUGCAUCCGACGGGUCAGCUUCAUGUGGUGCGCCGACAGCCUGCUGUACCACUGCAUGUCGGACCCGGAGGGGGAUUACUCGGACCCGUGCUCCUGCGACACCAGCGACGAUCGCUUCUGCCUGCGCUGGACGGCGCUGGUGGGGCUGUCGCUGCUGGCGCCCUGCAUGUGCUGCUACGCCCCCCUCAGGGCAUGCUACCGCUGCGGCGUGGCGUGCCACUGCUGUGGCGGGAAACACAAAGCGGUGGGCUGAGGCGCCGCAGAGACGGCAAGGACUCGUGGGAAAAGGAGGCCGCUGUGAUUUUGUCGUUAUUGUCGUUUGUCUCGUCUCCGAUUUCCAGAAGGAGGAGAAUAACUUUUGUCUCAACAGAUGGAUAAAAAGAAUUCCCUGUUGUUUUUCUGUUUUUCCGUCUUUUGUGACACGUCGGGGACCAAACGGCUUCCAGCUCUCACAAAGACUGAACAGAGAAUAUUAAUUUAAGAAUAUUAAAUACAGGUACUUUAUAUUUUUACACUCAUGUGUUUUAAAGGCUUGAAUCUGUCGUCUCUUCAGCGUCGUGUGACUCAGUGUGAAUGUCGUUGUGUCGUCGAGGAGCGGCAGAACGUCUGAGGGUCAAACAGCCAUAUUCACUGUUUUAUUUUUAUCAGCGUAGAUGAGAAGAUGAUUAUCAUGAGCUGGAGUCAGGACGCGGUUAGACCAGCUUAACUUCAAAAGCUUCAGUUUUAGGCUGAACGAGCCGCAUCAGAGUGUUUUUUUAUAUUUUCCUCUGUGUCCUUGUAUUUCACUGCAACAUAUUAAAUCUCUAUAUAUCUAUAAGUCCUGCAGCUCUGUGGAAUCAGCACAAUCAGAACAACUCAAACAUGUCUUUGUGCAGAAUAACACAGUUAGAAUGACAUAAAUCAGAAAAAAGGAGAAGAAACAAGUUGAAUUUCUCCGAUAAAUUAUUUUUUCAAAAUUGUAAUAAAAUGUAAUUUAUAUAUAAACAAUUUUCCAAGUGCCCACAAAUGUCACAAAUAUUGGGAAAACCAGUUUUCUCCACAUAUUGUACAUAUUGAGUUAUUGUCAUGUUUCCAGCCUCUCCUGUCCUCUCCUCUCUGCUCUGUGUAAACAGAUUUUCAGUGAAUAUUUGUCACAUGACCGUUGGUCUCAGCAGAAUCAAUCAAUUUUAAGCAUGGCUUUGGUCACUUUUUAUAACAGAAACUUUAAUAACCAAUGAUCCGUUCAAGGACCAUCAGAAAGUUCAAAUUCUGACGAUAAUGUCUGUUUUUAGAGUUUUUUUCUACGAUAAACUGAUAAACUUUUGUCAUGCUGCCCAGUAGAAAAAAAAAAAACUUGUUUUUUCCUCCUGCUUCCAGUCUUUAUGCUAAGCUAGGCUAACGUCCUGACUCCAGCUCUGAAAUUAACAAGAACAGUUAUUUUAUAGCAGUUAUCUCCAUGUUUUGCAGCUCUGAUGCUCUGAAAGCUGCUCUACUCGUCUCCCAGCAGACUUCACAGUCAAACCAGUUCGUCUGACCAGUGAGACAACAGCUCCCAAUCCGGAAAAAUUAAGAAACACAAUGAUUAUUCGCCAAAAGGCAACAUUUGUAUAACUGUGCCUCAGAAUGAGUUAAACCUGAAUAAGUUAAUCAUCCCUUACUGGUCACACUGGUCAGUCUUUACUGGUUUGUGGAGUUCUGUUUGAUGAUUAGAUGAACAAAAACAACAGUAAGAGUGAAGCUAUGACACACACUAAAGCUCAGUGUGUGUGUGUGUGUGUGUGUGUGUGUGUGUGCUUGUACAGCUGUCUUUGUGAGAACCAGUUUGACUUUUGCACCUGUAGAAUGAGGACUUUAAGGCCAGUACUGACUUUGGGACCUUUAAAGGACCGUUUGAAGGUAAAAACAGUAGACUAGUGAAACAUAUUAGAUGUCGGAGAAGUACACUGUAAAAAAAGUUAUUUUCUAGAAUUUAACCACAUUAUUUUACAAAGUUUGUCUUGUUUUUUUUCUUUUAUUACAAGUAUUAACCAUAAAAUAAAAGUAAAUUGAUAUAAAGGCACAUUAUAGAUUUUUUUACAGUAUUAUUUAAUUGCUUAAUGGUCUUGAAUAUUAAAUUAAAGUGAAUUCUAUGUAAAAAAAAAAAAAAAAAAAAAAAGAAGAAGAAAAAAAUACACAUCAUAUUGCUGAAGGUAAAAUUAAGACAAUUUUCUUUUAUAGUCAAAUUUUCAAUUUAAUGUAAAUAAAAAUGUAAAAGAAGUUGUAAAAAAAAAAGAAGACAAACAUUACUGUCAUGUUACAGAAAAAAAAAAUUCUACAGAUAUUUAUGAUUUUAUUUUUUUUUACAGUGUACACUACAUCGUCCAACUGAACGCCGGACAAGAUAUUUUAAAAUCGAACUUAAAUGUUCCAGUGAAACCACACAGUCAGUGACCAAUGCUAACGACCUGUCAGUCAUACAGUAGCCACGCCCUCUGCUUUAUUGUCUAUUUUCCUCUAUUUUUCCUGACAUUUUACUAAAUGAACUUCAUGCUGUGUAGAAGAAGACUUGAAACUAACGAUUGAGACAGUAAACUCAUUAUUAGAAUGUUUACUGAGGUCACAAAUCAAAUUAGAAGUUGAGUCACUUUCUCAUGGACUUCUAUAUAAUCAGACUUCUUAUUGCAGCCAGUGUCUGUUUCAUUCUGAAGAGUCAUCUUUUUCAAAACCAACAUCAAAAAUUCAGAUUCAAAAGAAUUCAAAAUUGUGUUUCACCUCCUGCUGGACAUGAGAAAAAAUGCAGGUUGGAACCCCUCGAUCCCGCCAUUUGAAAUGUAUGUUUUCUUUAAAAGAUCGUCAAAAACACACAGUUUACUGUAGAGAGAAAAACUCUUAAAACAGUCUGUCUUUGAACAGAUCAUAGGUUACAAAAGUUUCUGUGAUAAAAAGUGACCAAACAAAUAUAACAAUAUGGAUAUUUUGGAUAUUGUGUCAUUUAAAACAUGCCCAAAUAAAGCGUUUGCACUAACCAGUCCUGUUAAAAACAUUAAAUUCUGCUCCUCAGAGACACUGUGAAGACAUGAUUGAUUCUGCUGAGAAUUUACACAGAGCUGAGAGGAGCGGACAGGAAAGGCACUGGAUUCACCUUUUAGAUCCGGAGGCUGCCACUUGGUUUAGACUUGGUUAUAAGGUCCAGGAUCAGGUUUGGGGUGAGGGAAUGUAUCAUGUCAAUGAAUGUGCUCGCAAGUAUAGCUGUACAACCGCGCGUGCGUGUGUGUGUGUGUGUGUGUGUCAUUCAAAGGGCUGGGUAUCAAAAAUUAUCUUUAUAUUGAUAAUGAUAUUGACUGAAAUCAAAUCAGAAUAUUAGAGUCUCACUUUUUUUUACAACAAAAGUCUUGGAUUGGGCUGUCUCUUCUUUAGAAAUAUACCCCGUAAAAUAUUUUAACAUUAAUGAAAAAUUUAAAAGUAGACGUCCUGUCGAUGCCCAGUCUGAGCCUCUAUCCCAUAACACUUUCAUGAAAUGAGCACAAAGUCUGAUAAUCCUGGUAGAAAGAAACAACAGGUCAAUUUAGACUGAUAUUCAGUAUGUGUAUGUUUAAUGACGUGUACUGUGAACUGCCAAACUGUUAAAGGAGUCUAUGGGUGGUGCUGACAUACGGUUUGUUCUGUUGUUGAGGUUGGAGAUCUUGUUGAUUUUUCUGCUAAGUAAUUUACCUUUUUACAGUUUGUAAGAAAUCCUACUUUGCCUACUUUACCAUGUUGGGCUGCUCCAUUUUUUGUUCUUUACACAAAAACAAUCUGAACCUGUUUUCCUACUUUACGGUGCCACCAAUCCUCCAU